AUCAAAAUACAUUUUUCAUUGAGAUCCUAUCAAUCGCCAUUACAAGCAAGAUACCUAAACCUGCCUCAUCGUGUUCUUUGGAGUUUUGAUAAAUUACUCCUACUAUCCGAAUACGAGGUUGACCUAAGUUCUCGAUGUAGGUUUGAUGCCUAUUUAUUUAUAAAAAGAACCCAGUUUUCUUUCAAUUUUGGCGGGAGACCUGGCACGUUGUGUGGCUGUCGUAAAGCCAUCUGUCAUCUGUCGCCUCUGGCCUCGUCGACGCCGUUAGAGUUCAUGUUUCAGUGGUUUUUACCUGUAAAAUUAGCAGUGCAAUAGUGAAAUUGGUGUUGUGCGAUCGAUGUGGACAUUCGAAGAUGCGUCACGAAUAGGCGCGUCGGAUAUGGAUAGCAGGCGAGCGUGCCCAAGUUACGAAGCCGGGUUCGACGUUUGCGAUCCUUUGGGGUCAGUGUUGGAGUGGUCAGGGUCGGGUCGCGCGCCAGCCCGCGUGUUGCGGCGGAGGUGCCGCAGCGAAGGCGUGGACCGGAGUCCGUACGAGGAUGUUAGUCGCGAGGCGCACCGCUCGGCGGACGGUUACCCUCGCUACCGCGCGUUGCCGAACAAGAGCCACUUCACACUGAACAGCGCCGAGACCCCGUACGAGCGCUUCCAGCACGAGUGCUCGCUGCCCGCGGCCGUCAACGGCGACUACAUCAUGGCUCACGAACCGCACAGACACCAUGGAUACCAGCCAGGAAGAUCAAAAUUCCACAGAACAAGCCCCACUAGACCUUUACUCGUUACAACAUUAUCAAACACUAAAGUCGACGACAGGCUACCAAAAGUAGAAGAAUUAUUAGAAAAAGUUGAUCAAGAAAUGAUGGAAGUACAAGUGGCCAAACAACCUCUGAAAUCAAUACUCAACAACCCGCUACCAAAGUCACCUCCACAGAGCAUACUCAAGAAACCCAAAAAUAGGUCGUAUCAGGAAUGCAAGCUGAACGAAGGCCGUAGAAGGCAGAGGGCAGCGAGUGAAUCUGACAAUCUUUACUGCAAUUUCCACAUUGGAUCACCAAUACCUGGAUAUGACAAUCGUUUGUCAUAUCUAUCAAGCAGUAUGAAAAGAGCUAAAGACAACUCCGGCACUGGCUACUCGUACGGUACGGCAAUUGCUUCACUCAGCAACACACCGACCAAGAGCUCAUCAAACUAUUCCAAAAGUCAACGAUGCACUUGCAAGGAUCAGGUCAUAGUGACGAAUAAGGAUGAAGUUCACAACAUACACAUUUUGAGGACCACAGCUAUCAAUAAUGACACCGUUGGAGAUUCUCCUGUAGUUGAAAUGCCCCGCCAAGACACGCCCACGCCCACGUGCCCAGCGGUGAGCCCCGCGCUCCCCGUGAGCUCGGUGACCGCCAUCGUGGGAAAGAAAGGCAAGAGCGUCAAAAAGAAGGCCAAGUCCAAGAUCAAGGUCGCCAAGAUGAAGUCGAGCAGCAAGACCGAGUGCAGCGCGGUGGAUGGGGAAGCUGACGAUGCUCACAGCAGAUCACCGUCCCCAGACACGACUGACUCCGCGUGGCAGAUGGACACGGAUACAGUGCCCGCCGACAUCAUAGACAGGGUAGAGCGGACCUUCAAGAGGGAAGACCACCCCGACCCUAAUUCCAUAAACAAAUUGUCCACCAAACUGAACGGGACCGUCGUCUCGCCCAAGAAGGUGCCUUCUAAAGAAUCUCCCCUCAGUCUACCAGACGCAAUCAGCAGCUGCCUCCGACCGUCCCUCUUUCCCCGCGUGCCUCCGUACCUGAAAUUCGUCGGCCACGAGGACACGGUACCUCUCAAGAUACCAGUGCCCAUACAGAAGCACCUCAAGUGGAAACUGACCACGAUCACUCCGAUAGUUGUUAAGAAAACACUCACCAACUCUGGCUUUAGACUGGUGAAGAGCGAAUGUGAUACGGCGGAGUGUCCGCAAGAAGAGACAGUGGAAUGGAUAGGCAUAUGGGGCAAGCACAUGAAGUCUCUCAUGUUCCGGGCCAUAAAAGACGGUCAGAAGAUGAACCACUUCCCCGGGACUUUCCAAAUAGGCCGCAAGGACCGCCUCUGGAGAAACCUUCAGAAGCUGGCCAUCAAGUUUGGUGUUAACGAGUUUGGUAUCAUGCCGAAGACGUAUGUCCUGCCGCAUGAUCUGAGGCUGCUCAAGCACGACUGGGAAAAGUACGCUGCUAACAAUGAGAAGUGGAUCAUCAAGCCGCCGGCGUCCGCGCGCGGUACAGGCAUCAAAGUGGUUUCCCGCUGGACGCAAAUACCCAAGAAGCGGCCGGUGGUGGUGCAACGCUACGUGGCCAAGCCGUACCUCAUCAACGGGAACAAGUUCGACAUGCGACUGUAUGUGCUCGUCACCUCCGUGCACCCGCUGCGGGUCUACCUGUACAAGGACGGGCUGGCCAGAUUCGCUUCAGUUAAGUACAACGACGAGCUGACGUCACUCAACGACCGGUAUAUGCACUUGACAAACUACUCAAUUAAUAGACUGUCGAAAAACUACACGCCAAAUGAAGACUUCGCGGCUUGCGAGGGCCAUAAGUGGACGUUACAAACCCUGUUCCACUACCUAAAGACUGAGAAGAACGUCGACACAGACGCGCUAUGGGACUCCAUGAAGGACCUGGUCAUCAAGACCAUAAUCUCCGGCGAGGCUAGCAUCAGUUCCCUGACCAAAGCCAACGUCACGUCGCGGUACAACUGCUAUGAGCUGUUUGGCAUUGACGUGCUGUUAGACGAGGAUCUCAAGCCUUGGCUGUUGGAGGUGAACAUCUCACCAAGUCUGCACAGCGCGUCGCCGCUGGACAUCCACGUGAAGGGUCCUCUGGUGUCCACGGUGCUCAACAUCGCGCAGUUCCAGGUACCCAUCAAGACCAACUUGGAGAUGCUCUCCAAGGAGAAGCCACACAAGCUGGCGGGGUUGCCUUACGAUAGCAGAUUAUACACUGUGUACCUGUCAAAAGAAGAAAGAGAUAAACAUAUUAUUUAUACAAACAUGGAGGAAAGAGAUAUGUAUCUUCGCGACAUCCUGUCGACGCUGACGCCGGACGACGUGCGGCACCUCAUCCAGGCCGAAGACGAGCUUACGCAGGCCGGCGACAUGGAGCGGGUGUUUCCGACGCACGACACGCACAAAUACCUGCUGUUCCUGGCCGGCCCGCGCUACUACAACCGCCUGUUCGACGCCUGGGAGGCGCGCUACGCCGCCAACCGCACGCCCGGCCUAGAGCUGCUCCGCAACCUGUGCGAGAUCGGCUACCACUUGGAGGUCCCGCCGGUGCCCCUGAAGCGGGCGGCGCCUCAGCUGAGCGCGUUGGAUCGUUGCAGAAUGAUGUGGAUGCGCCGUCGCCGGCCGCCUCGGAGCGCGCCUCCGUGCCCUCGGUCCCUUCUGCGGGCUCGCUGGAGCGCGAGUGCGCCGCGCCCGCUCCCGCGCCCGCUCCCGCUACCGCGCCCGCGCCCGCUCCCCGCCUGUGCGGCGACGCGCUGCCCCGCCCGCCGCCGCCGCCCGCGAUCGAACCCCGCGCGUAGCGUCAGCGACAGCGACGCCCAAAUUCAAAGUGAAUCGACUCUAGUGUAAUGUAAAUUCACAGUGACGUGUUGGGCGGCCAAAUCGAAGUGUUGUACUGUCAUCGCUCUCGACAUUCCUUGGGGCUACUCUGAUAUAAAGACUUUACUUUUCAGUUCAUUCAAAUCAAUUCAAAUCGAUAAUUUUUCAGUCGCGUAUUGGAGUAACCCCGCUGCUCAAAUUUCACUUCUACAAGCAAGGAUAAUAAUUAUGAUGUAAACUGUAUGAAAAAAAUUGAAAAAUAUAAAAUUUUAUUAGGUACUGUACCAUUAUGGAAUCUGGUUUCGGUGUUCAAUGUGAUUAUACCGUUUAAGAUAUAUUUCUAUGAAAUUGUUGUAGCCUUAACUAUUUUAUUAAAUAGACUUUAGUUAUAACUUCUGCGCAGUUAAUUGUAUUUUUCAGUCAAUGUUUUAGUGUAGUUCUUUUGCAGAUUGAAGUCGAGUCAGAAUCACAUAAUUACUUUUGAGUUCUGCCAUGUUGCUAUUAAGCGGCUAAACAUUUGAGCAUUUUUCUGACUGGCGACAAUAAGCAAACAUACCGUUUUCAAUCGUCAGCAUGUUAAGAUUAUCUUUAUAAACCGAAUUUUAACUUACUAGGCUACAAUAAGUACCUAAUACAAAAAAAUCGUCGCUU